CCAACUCUUUUCCAUUCCUCUCUUCAUUACACAUAUUUCUUUCUCUCUUCAUCUAUCACUUACUUUCAUAUACAACUUGCAAGAAGAUCACCGCUUUGUUUUUUCUCCAGAGGGUUAUCAUGGGAGACUCUUCUGCUUCUUAUAUACAUUUGGUGCAGCACCUGAUAGAGAAGUGUUUGAUAUUCCGCAUGACAAAAGAAGAAUGCAUGGAAGCCCUUUCUAGACAUGCAGACAUCAAACCGGUCAUCACCUCCACUGUGUGGAAUGAGCUGGAGAAAGAAAACAAGGAGUUCUUUGAAGCGUAUGCGCAAUCUCAGAGCAAAGAAGACAGAAUGUCCGAGGAAGAGACAAGUCAAAUGAUACAGAAAAUGAUCACAGAUUCCUCCAAGGCUGCAGAUGAAGAAGAAGACGACUAACAAAAUACCAAGUUCGAAAACGAUAUCUCCUUGCCCUCUUUCUCUGUAUAGUUGUUGCUCUAACAUAUAAUAUGCAAGUAAAUUAGCGACAGUCGUACUCUCACUCACAGAACUGGAAUCUUCUUGCCAUUUUAUAGAUUGUCGUCAUGUACAUGCGUUGAUCGUCUGCGUAUAAGAUUUGGCGUGGCUUUGUCUUUGUUCUUUCUGCAGUGAUUGGCACGUGAUGAUAUUGGUUUUGUUUGUUAAUAAAAUUAUUAUACAAGUGGGGACUGCUUAGCAUAUGCUGGUCACAUCA